AUAUACGCCAACAAGAGGAUGAGUCUGCAGAGGAAUAUAUAACCCGGAUUCAACAAAUGGUUUGUGAUGAGGACAAUACCAAACAGAAUGCUGAUUAAUUUUAUUACUUAGGGCUUUAAAUCCAACAUAGCAGAGAAAGUGCUUGACAAAGAUCCUGAAACCAUUGAAGAUCUGUUCAAAUUUUCCAAGUGAGCUGAAUCAACUUUGAAAAUUACGAAAGGUGAAAAUAACAUAAUUGCCUCAGUUGAAAAUAUGGAGGAACGUUUGCUGUCAAAACUUAUAGAUCAUCUUCAAUCAGUGAUGACAUUAAACAAAACCGAAAAACCUACGUAUAACCAAGACCAUAGAAACAGAAGAAGAGCCACCAGACCCCAAAACAAACAUUUUGACAAUUCCUCAAGGAACUUUUAUGGGAAUAGUGAUGAAAACUAUGACAGUUAUAAUGUGCAUGAUUCUGAACACCAGUCCAAGUGGGAACCCUACCAAUCUCAGUGGCAGUCUAACCGAGCUCAACCAAACCGGUACCAAAGGCACCAGUCCCCUGGCCAGUUCAAUGGGCCGUCCACAACACCACAGAACAGAAACCAACAUCCUGCUGACCGCCCAAUCUGUUUCGGUGGACCUGCUGCACCUCAUUGCUAUGGGUCUGCCCCUGUACCGGUUGAAGGAUAUCAGACAGCUGUAUGAAGUGGAUACCUGGGGGGACAGUCCUGUUGAUUUCUCUAACCCCUCCAUACACCCCCGACCCCGGGGCCAUGUCAUAGCAGCCAGGAUUACCAGCGAAAACCCAGACGAAGGAUUUAAGCCUAGUUCUGGGACUGUCCAGGAGUUGAAUUUCCGUAGCAGUAAGAAUGUGUGGGGGUAUUUCAGUGUGUCUGCCACGGGGGGACUACAUGAGUACGCUGACUCCCAGUUUGGACACUGCUUCUCCUGGGGAGAGAACAGGGAGGACGCCAGAGAGAAUUUAGUGGUGGCACUGAAGGAGCUCUCAAUCCGUGGAGACUUCAGAACCACAGUAGAAUACCUCAUCAAACUCUUCGAGACCGAGGAAUACCAGAACAACAAGAUAACGACGGGCUGGCUGGACAAGCUGAUAUCUGAGAACGUCCAGGCGGAGAAGCCGGAUGUCAUGCUGGGGGUGAUAUCCGGAGCGCUCCACAUCGGCGACCACCAGAUCCAGGAGUGCUUCCAGAUGUUCCAGACCUCGCUGGAGCGCGGACAGAUCCUGCCGGCUACAUCACUCAAAAACCAUGUAGACGUAGAGUUCAUCAGCGAGGGCAUCAAGUAUAACGUCAAGGUGGUGAAGACAGGUCCAAACAACUACUUUAUUUGUAUGAAUGACUCCAUGCUGGAAGUGGAGGCACACAGACUUAGUGAUGGGGGUUUGUUAAUUUCGUUUGAUGGAGCCAGCUUCACUACUUACAUGAAGGACCAAGUAAGCAGCUACAGGAUAACGAUAGGAAACAAGACCUGUGUACUUGAUAAGGAGAAUGAUCCUACCAAACUCAGCUACAGGAUUACUAAAGGAAACAAAACCUGUGUACUUCAUGAGGAGAAUGAUCCUACCAAACUCAG